CUUAUUCAGAGUAUUGCAGGGUUCCUUUUGUAGGCAUUUAGUUUAACUUCAUAAAACUUCUCACCGACUUUCGAAGAAUAAAUUUAACCCAUCUCAAGUUUUGCACUAUUUCAUCUCUACAAGUUGGGCUUUGUCCUUGAACUUCUUUUACAUUGUACAUUUGCUUGGAACGAUUUCAAUUUUAAGAUCUGGGAUGUUUAAAUUGACAGUGGGGGCUAUUGACGCCAUAAACGAAGGAAAAAAUGUUGAAGAGCCGGUCCUCAAGCUGCUGGGGUUCAAAAGUGUCCCAGGGGGCGGUGGUGGCCAAAAUCGAUAUCGAUUACUGCUUUCUGAUGGUGUGAAGACGCAUUCAUUUGCUAUGCUCGCUACUCAGCUGAAUCACCUGAUUGAUGAAAGCAAACUGGUUAAUAACUCCGUAAUUCGUGUAAAGAAACAUGUUUGCAACAACAUUCAAAACAACAAAGUUGUACUUAUCGUUCUGGACCUUGAUAUUCUUGGUACGGAUGAUUCAUCAGCUGCGAUAAAGAGUGAACAGACUGCAACAAUACCUAAGCCAGUCGAACCAGAGCACAAAACACCACCCAAGUCUGCAAACGGUCCGUUUUCUGGAGGUCAACCAAGUACUCCAGGGACCCCUGGUCCUGGACUACCUCGUGUAUUUCCUAUCCAGAGCCUUAAUCCGUACCAAAACAGGUGGACUAUACGAGCUCGCGUAUCACAAAAGUCAAGUAUUCGAACAUGGAGUAAGCAAGGGCGUGAUGGAAAGCUUUUUAACUUUACAUUGGUUGAUGAAAGUGGAGAAAUCCGUGCAACUGCAUUUAAUGCUGAAGCAGACAAGUAUUAUGAUUUAAUCGAGGUAAAUAAAGUGUACUACGUUAGUCGAGCAAAUCUAAAAGCGGCCAACAAACAGUUUAAUACAACUAACAAUGACUAUGAAAUGUCGCUUCAUGCUGACAGUCAAAUUAUUCCCUGUGAAGACGCUGAUACAAGUUCUUUACCAGAAACUCACUUCAACUUUGUCCCGAUUGGAAAACUAGACACUCAGUCUCCCGGUUCUUUUGUUGAUAUCGUUGGAGUUGUUCAUGAAUGCGGUGAAGUUCAAACUAUCACAGCUAAAGCAUCUCAACGUGAAUUACGUAAACGAGAAUUGGGUUUAGUAGAUAGCUCUAACUGCUUAGUAAGGCUUACAUUAUGGGGUGAAGAGGCGGAGAAUUUCGAUGGUGGAAAUCAUCCUGUUGUUGUUGUAAAGGCAGCCAAAGUAUCUGAUUUUAAUGGUCGUUCUCUGUCUGCAAGUGGAACCUCUUCUAUCGUUGUUGCUCCUACAAAUAUCCCAGAAGCUAUACGUUUAAAAGGUUGGUAUGAACAUGAAGGUCGUUACGCGAACUUUGAAACUUUCCGAAGUGAAAUGGUUGGAGCUGCGGGUGGAGCAGAUGGAUCAUUUGGUCCACCUGGUAUUUUAGGAGGUUGGAAUCUUCUACGAGAUAUUAAAGCACCUGGUGUAGGAGCUAAUGUCAAAGCGGAUUAUUUUACUUGCAAAGCUACUAUUGUCUUCAUGAAGAAAGAGAAUUUCAUGUAUCAAGCAUGUUCUACAGAAGGGUGUAAUAAAAAGGUUGUCGAUUUGGGGAAUGGAUUAUAUCGGUGUGAAAAGUGUGCUCGUGAAACGCCAGAUUACAAAUGGCGUCUGCUUCUAAUGGCCAAAAUAGCUGACGUUACCGGUGAUCUAUGGGUUACAUGCUUCCAAGAUGCUGCAGAAGCUUUACUCGGUCAAACAGCUGAAAAAUUAGGUGCUAUGAAGUCGUCAGAUGUAAGUACAUCGAUAUAUUUUGAUGAAACUAAGCAAUUUUGGAUUAUGAUAUGUAUGUGUGUGUUCAUUUUAUGCUUUUUGAGAUUAGAGUGUGACUUUCAAAUUUCAUCUAUUAUAUGUUAGUGAUUCCAACAAAUCCCCGAGGGUUGUUGUACACAAUUAACUUUCAAGAAGUACCUGAAGUGAACUGAGAGGGUGUUACGGUCACGGAGUAAUAUGUGUGCAUCGAAGAGAAUAGUUAAACUGAGCCCUGUGAAAAGGAGUGUGUGCGUUUGCGUCAUUACGAACGAUUUUGAUCAUUGAAGCUUUGACUCCCCACCCCCACACUUGAAGGAUCCUAACAACGUAGACCAUGCUUCCCUAUUUGGCUUAUACUAGCAGUUAAAGACUUCUUCAGCUAGUACUUUUGUUUUUAUUCUUCUUUUCCAACCUGGUUCUACACCAUUUGAGGUGUUCGGUUAAGGUAGACAAUGCUUCAACAGGAUGUUUAACACAUCCCACUGACCUAAAAAGAUUCAAAUUCAUUUUAAUUCCCUAUCUGACUUUUUUCUUCCAACAUCAUUACAAAUUACCAUUUAGCUCCAUCUGAUGUGGACAGUUGAACAAAAAUGCCUGUUACUUCCUUGCCCAAAAUGAUGUAAGAUGGAAAGUAGUUUAUUUUUUGCAUUCAUGCUUCGAUUUUGUCAACGAUUAGUCGGUUAAAUCUGAUGUGACUUCUGAAAUAAAUGAAGUUGUCAAUACGUUCAACGAUUUUGCAUCUUAUCCUUAAACUCAGACUUCAUUCAGAUAAGUCUUGUAGCUUCAUCUUACAUAUGACAGAGACACUAGUGUGUAUAAAAAGUUAAUACACUUAAAUAGUUAUUUAGACUUUAAUUCAUCCUAUCCGUUACCUGUAAACGCAGGCUUAGUUAAUUGUUUAGCAGACCAAGCUAUAACACCUGAAUGAUGAAUUGAAACCAAUGAAAGAAGCGUUGAUGUUAAAUAAUUAUCUUAUGAAAUUCAUUGAGAAGAUCACAAGAACCCACAAGAAAAAGGGUAAAUGGUAGUGAAACUGUUGACCUAACAUAAAUAAGGAAGAAUUUAAAGCAUCUACAGUUUUACGAUAUAAGAAAGGGACACCUGAAACCUUACAUAGGAUUUUUAAUAAGGCGGGAAUUGGGGUGGUGCUUAAACCUACAAACUCCAUAGACGAAAGUACUCUCUUGACCAAACUAGAUAAAAUAAUGUAAUCUGCAAAAUACCCUGCGAUGACUGAUGUCUACUACCAUAAGUCAAACCAGUAGAUGGGGGGGUAGUUAGAUUAUGGGAACGUAAGAAUUCAGCUAAGUGUUGAAUAACCGACCUCACAAAAAAUGUCUGGCUUGCAGAAAAAACUAAGCAGUCAAAACACAUGCAAUAAUACAUAAUAGGUGCGAAAGAGUUACAAUCCUAAAAAGUAAUAUAAGUAAGUGGAGAGAGAGAAAGAGACGAGAUUGAUUACUCCGGAUCUGUGUUCGUCGAAUCUACACCUAACACUUGCUUUAAGAACGAAUCAAUGCCAGUGCCAGAGGUGUGAGAACUAUUAUCACCAAUAAAGUCAAACAAUAGGAAAUAAUGGGAUUAUACAAACGAAUUUGGAAACUUAUGUGAGUUCCUCAGUGUGAUUAUGCACAGAAUAUAUCUGUUUGAGACGUCAUCGGUAAAUAAAACUAUAUCACUGUGUGAAUUUAACAAACAAAAAUUUACUCUAUGGUGAAACAGAGAUGAAGUUGCAUGUCGGGCAUAAUUGGAUUUUUGCUGUGUUUUUACUGCGAAGGAUAAUAUUGUUUGCCAACUCUACUGAACAUCAAAUUUAAAAGUGAUACCGAAGCAGAAUUUCUCCGAAGAUGGCUUUCUCAAUCUCAAUGUAACAUACUUUGCCGCCAGCCUACGAGUAACACUCUUCUUGUCUUGUAACCAGAAGUUCCUGAGUUCGAACCUUGGCGGUGGGUGCGUGCUGCUGAACAGUCCCAUAACUAGAACGAAACAGCUGUCCAGUACUCCCAGGUUUUCCAAUGGUUCUUUAAUUGAUAUCACCCCAUGAUGAAAUCCUCUAACCAAUUCCUAUAAACUCUAGACUCAAGAAGCGUUUCUAUGAAAAUACUUUUGAUUGUCAAAUGACUAAAACCAAAUAAACGCAAACGUGGCUCAUUAUUGGUGUAGGCACUCGAUUUUUAAAUAUCACGUUAUGAAUUCGAAUCCCGCUGUGCGUACCAAGGUUUGUGCAGCCAGGUAGUGUCACUAGCCUUUACACACAACACUUGCGACUCAUUCCCAACUGUGCGUAUAAGUUCAGGUGGUUGUUGAGUAAUAUUUUACUUUUUAGAUUCAUACUUUUGACUAUAAUAUAGCUGAAUAACUUGACAUUGGAUAUCGAUUCUCUAUAAGACUACACAAUUGCUUGGGCUUGAAUUAAGUGUCUUGAUUAGUGCAAUAUACUCCUUCAGCAUUCCGUUUCGAGAAGUUUAGAGUCAUCUGUUAUUGUUUAGCAUUUUCGUUUUUACGAUAAAGUGACUCCUUUCAUCCAACUUAUCCUUUGGACAUUUCAGGACCUUCAAAAGUGUUAUUUCAAGCCAGGUUACUGAAUCAUUGCUAUAUGCAAAAUCAAUCUCUGUGGCAAGGUAGCGGAAAAGGAGUUCUUGUGGUUUAUUAGACUGAUGUAUAACGCAUUAAUGUAUGAAACGAUGAAUGCUAUGCUCUAGCCUCAGUGUAAACGCAUGCAUAUACAAUGAAGUGCAGGUGUGUCAGGCUGUGAGUCUAUUCUUAAGUACAAAAAGAUUCGUUUCUCUUUUUCCAGUACUUGCACAUUAGGUAGGAAUGAAACUACUAAUGACACCAAGGCAUAUCUGUCCUUUAAGCGAGUAAGUCGAUGAAAAGCCAUCAUUUAGGUUCAGCAAAGCAAACAGUGAGAAGCCGUAAUUAUUUAAAAUAACAAAAUGGAAGUUGUUUCUUUGCGUUUCUGCAAGUUUUCAUAUCUGGCUAUUAGCACUAUGACAACAGGCAGUAUAAAACCUUCAACACUAACUGCCCAGUAGAUUUACUCACAAAAAUAUCAUUAAACUUUCCGGUAAAUUGUCUACAGUUAAAUAUUAUGACUUGAAAACAUCCAGUGAGUAUAUCUUUCUUUCAAUCUUCCCUUAUUUUAGUCAGAAUAUUUUCUUUCCUCAAUUGAUUUCGUUCAUAGUAUUUCUUUUAAAAUAAAUCUUACUGUAUAUAUUUAUUUGUUCAACAGGAUGAAGGGCAUUUGGAUAGGGUGUUUAUGGAAUCAGCAUUUAACUCGUGGAUAUUUCGUUUACGUGCUAAGGUUGAUCGAUAUAAUGAUGAAGAUCGUUUACGUGUUGUCGUCGCAGAUGUGAAACCAGUUGACUUAUUCGAUAAUGCCAGACGCUUAGCAAAGGCUAUUAAUGAUAUGGCAGCAACUCUACGGAUCCAGUGUUAAAAUCUCAAUUGGAUGGAUUUACUUAUUCUACAAAAACAAAUGAAUUCAUUUCAUUUCUUUGUGUAUAUUGUAUUCACAACAUAAAAUGACAUCAUAUGUAUCAUUACAAGAUUUUAAGUAUUAUACAUGUAUGUAUACAAAUCAUAGGGAAAUCACAGAUGUUACUAAUGCAUUUUAUAUUUACAUAAAUUUGAUUAUAUAAAUAUAUCAUCCAACGACUA